AAACGCAGAAAGAACGAACAGAAAAAGAACAGCAAAGUUCUUGCCAGUGAUGAGAGGCUUCUUCCCCUUCGAAAUUCUUUCCCCGCUAUUUCAAUCUUCACACACAGAGGCGCAAGAAACGAACGCUGACAACGAUAAGAAAAACCCCACUUUGAAGGAUAAUAUGUUAUCGUCAUACAUCAAUCGUAAUCUACGUUUCUUAAUUGAAGCCCUCUCUUUGAUUGAAAUCUAUGUUUUUCUCAAUUUUGAUUGAUUAGUUGAGGCGGAGUGUGGGUUCAGAUUUUUGGGUUUUUUGAAGGAGGGAGGAGCGGGUGUUCUUUAUAGGAUGCUUUGUCAUGAUUUGAACACUCGGAUACAAACAUGGCUCCGUAAUUACGACAAGAUUCAAUCAUUCGCUGUGUUCCUCAUUCACAUUCAAAUUGGGUGCGCUUUGAUUGGAUCAUUGGGGGCUUUGUACAAUGGAAUUUCUCUUAUAAACCUUGGGAUUGCGUUAUUUGCACUGGUUGCAAUUGAAAGUGGCAACCAGAAUCUUGGCCGAAAUUAUGCUGUUCUUCUGUUUUCUGCAAUUGUGUUGGAUAUUUUGUGGUUCAUCCUCUUCAGUCAUGAAAUCUGGCACAUUUCUUCUGAGAUUUAUGGGAAGUUUGUGAUAUUAUCGGUGAAACUUACUCUGUUGAUGGAAAUCAUUGGGUUCUCAGUGAGGUCAUCAUCCAUGUUAUUAUGGAUACAGAUUUAUAGGUUGGGAGCUUCACAUGUAGAUAGUACAUUUUCCAGAGACGGAGAUUUGGAAUCAAGAAACAGUUUUAUAAAUCCCUCCACCCCUCCUGUAGUUCGACGUUCUCCGUGUUCAGAUGAUGUAUUAGGAGGUGCCAUCUAUGAUCCACCAUACUACUCAUCUCUUUUUACAGAUAAUCAAGAUGAAGGAUCUUUACAUGGGGGUCAGAAUUGUAGUGGCAUGGAUGAUGCAGCUCAGUUGAAGCCAUCUAUAUAUGUAAGAAAGAAUGGCAGGAAACCGACAUUUGAGUCUUUGAAGUCGAUUACAUCACAAUGUAUGAUACUGGUUGGGCAUGAAGAUCACGACCCACAUCUUAUUUCUGGUGAACGGAGAUUUGUUAGUUUUUUACAUGGAUAACUUGCAGUAUCCAACUCUGUACAGUUGCCGGUUUUCUGGCCAAAACAAGAUGGCAAGGCUCGUAAUUUUCACAGGUUUGGAGGUCAAAAAAAUGUGGUUUUGGAGUGUCGAAGAUGAUGUUGGCAAAGCAUGGAUGCACCUCUAUUUUAUCUUACCCAUUCUUUUUUUUCAGUUUCAUUUUUUACCAAUUUAUUUGUUGUCGGUUUUUGGGUAUACAAAUGAUUAAUCUUUUUA